AUGUCUGAUAUCACCAAAACCUUCACAACGUAUAGUUAUAACCGUAUUUUGUUGGAAGCAGAAAGACGCAAGAAUUUUGAUCUUGAAAUGUUGAUCGAGUGCAAUGAAUACGACGAAAACUUUACUUUGGACGACGUCAAGGCAGCAGUAGGAAAGCAUUAUGCUCAACUCAUUCCCGAGGUGGAAAAUCCUCGUGCCCUGAGCAAAUACAAUGUCUUUUGCCAUUUACAAAAGACUGCGCCUCUUGAACCUAACCAUGAGGGCACCGAGGCAGUUACUUUGACGUCUCAAUAUCUGUCUGAAAAGUAUAGAAAUCAGACAGAAGCCGAACUCGAGAUACUGGAGGCUCAUACCCAGGAGUUGGAGAAAGGAAAGCUCAUGGGAACCUACGUCAAGUCAGGAUUGGCGAAAUCCAAGGUGGAAUCAACCCUGGUGUCCUUUAUGCGUGCGAUGAAUACUUUUAACAAGUUUGAAUUCGCAUGUAUUUACGGCCAGGGUGAAUCUUGGUACGACGU